GUCACCAGCAAUCCCAUGACAGUUCAACAACUGAGACCUCUUUCACCUUCAGCGAAUCAGCUUUCAACAGCAUGCAGCCAGAUCAGCCCUAGCUUACACAGGUCUAUGGAUGCUUCCAGCCUGAGUGCCUCUCCAUCAGAUACAAGGUCACUUUUGUCAUGUGAGACUCUGGCCUCUACAACAUUAAGCUUGUCAGAACGUCACUCCCCUCUGAGUGUUGAACAAGACUGGUCACAUAGGUACAGGACACUUUCUUCUGUUCCUCCUGACCAUGGUUUACAAAAUGGCAGUGAGCUGGGGGACUUAAUAAAUUUUUUGCCUGAAGCAUCUACAUCCAGUGACUCAUUACCAUCCUACUUAUAUGGCAUGGAAAAUAAGAAUUCUCCUUACUCUAGUCCUUGCCAGUCCUCAGUCUGGUGUCAAUCAGCCCGCUCCAAAAAGAGAGCACUCUCGGUAUCUCCUCUGUCUGACGGCAUUGGGAUCGAGUUCAAUACAAUCAUUCGUACGUCCCCAACUUCUCUGGUGGCCUACAUCAACAGCUCCAGGGCAUCGCCAGGAAACGUCUCCCCACAGCCUGAGGUCUAUGGACAUUUUUUGGGAGUGAGAGGAAGGUGUAUACCACAAAACUGCUCUGUUUCAACUGCCCAGAAAGGCUUCCACAUGGCGAGUGGCACUGUCACUUUUCCAGGAUAUGUUGAGAACGGGAGAGGUGAGUACCAGCGGAUGCAGCAGCUGGAACAAGCCAGCUUGCAGAUGGUUGCCACAAAUAACAUGGUGAUCCAGCAGGGUGUGCUGCCCAUGGACAGCCAAGCAAUGGGAGUCCUGAAAAAUGAAGAGCUGGGUGACUUCUCAGGCCCUAUCACUGACAUGCCUCUUUCAGCCCUGGUGCUGCCACCGCCUCCUCCUCAAGGGCCGCCCCCGCCGUACCAUGCUCACCAGCGCCGGCACCUGCACAGCCUCCCCAGCCACGUCCCCGCGCUGCAGGCACUGUCUCCUGCCCCGGGCACCCCGCUGGAGGAAGAUGGAGAGCUGGAGGAUUUCAAUGGCAAGCAUGGCUGUUGCUGGGUUGACUGUGGGAAGCUGUAUGACCAUCAGGAGGAGCUUGUGAAGCACAUAGAGAAGAUCCACAUAGACCAGAGGAAGGGAGAAGACUUUACCUGCUUCUGGGCAGGGUGCCCUCGAAGGUUCAAGCCAUUUAAUGCCCGUUACAAACUGCUGAUUCACAUGAGAGUCCACUCAGGAGAGAAGCCGAACAAAUGCACAUUUGAGGGUUGCAAGAAAGCCUUUUCCAGACUAGAAAAUCUCAAGAUUCACUUAAGGAGCCAUACGGGUGAGAAGCCGUACCUUUGCCAGCACCCUGGCUGCCAGAAAGCGUUCAGCAACUCCAGCGACCGUGCCAAGCACCAGAGGACACACUUGGACACUAAACCUUAUGCAUGUGAGAUUCCAGGAUGUACUAAGCGAUACACAGAUCCCAGUUCCCUGAGAAAACAUGUGAAAGCCCAUUCUUUCAAAGAUCAACAAGUCAGGAAAAAGUUGCGAUCAAGCUCAGAGAUUGGCCAGGACAUCCUGAAUGACUGUCUUGCAAUCCAGCCCCUCCAGCCAGUCCUGUCACCACAGGAUGCUGUAGAUAAUACCAUGGGACACUCCCCAGGGUCUGCUUGUGAUAUUUACCCAGCAGCUGUGAUCCCCAGCACACAAAUAAAUCAAAGUGGAACAGCAGCUGGGGCAGUGUCCUUGUCCCACCCCAGCAGCCAUUCUUCCCCAGGACAAAGCAUACAGGGCAGUCCUCUGCACCCUCCCCAGGUACCUCUUCUCACAGCUGCUGACUCAGAGAGGUUUGUUGCUCCAGCUCCUUCUCAUCACAUCAGCCCCCAGAGAAUGUCCAUUCAACAUCCCAUGAUGCAGAGACAGACUCCACAGCCUCCUCAGCUUCCACAGCUUGCAGGGAUGCCUCUGAAGACAUACCAACAAGCAGAAAGCCCUUCUUUUCAGCCGAAUGCCCUUCACAUCCAGGGCAUUUAUGGGCAGCUUCAGACUUUCUGCCCUCCGCAUUAUGCUGACACUCAGAAGAACAUACAAGACAGUGUUUCUUGCAAUAUGGUUCCUUCUGUUGACGGCUCAGCUCUCCCAUCAGCAGGCCAGGGAGGGCUUGGCAUUUUCCAUGGAAGUUUUUCAGAUCAUUCUGGUAUCAAAGUGUAUGACUUUUCAGCAGGGUCUGUAGAUAUCUUUGAUGAUUCAGCUUGCAGCAUGCCAGAGGACAGCAGUUUCCUACAAGUAAAUGCAGUGGAUCAUUGUUCCAGCCAGCUUUCUCCUGUAUACAGUGAAGGCUAAGUAAUGUGUAUCUAUUUACAAGAACUUGAUUCUGUUUCAUCUUGCCCUUCUGUUAUUUCCCUACAAAUUUUUUCUCUCCAUGAAACUGCCAUGUAUGUAUGGGGAUAUGACUAGAUAUACAUACAUAAUGGAGAGGAAAAAAACAAUUACCAAGCAUUCUUCAUUUAAUCAAGCAGCCAACUGGGAAGGAGAAUGUUUGGAGAAAGCAAGCUUUGCCAAAAUCUUAGCAAUUGUUUAUUUUCUUCUCAUCUGUGGUACAGCAACUAUACUUUUAAAAUUAUUUCUUCUUUUCAUUUCUCAAAGGGAAUUCAGAGACCAAAUAAGAAAACUGGUUGUUGCCUGUAAUCCUUUCAAGCGGAAUGGGUGCACUUGCAGAAAAACACAGCUUUAGAAAAUUCCUUUUUCAAACAAGGAAAAGAAACAAAACCAGAGCAUACUACAAACAUUUCAAAGGCAUAAAGUUUUUGCACAACCUGUCUGCAUGUGAUAGUUCCAAGUUUAACACUCACCAGUGUCCAAAAGGGAGAGAAGUAGACAUACAUAUAGGCACUACCUAUUGGAGGCAUUGGUGUAGCUUCUUUUUGGAUCAAAGGUUGUUGGUAGAGAAUUUCUUACAGGCCUCAUGUUAGGUGUCCUUUCCUUCCCUCUUUAUUUUAAGCCACACAAUACAGCUAUUCUUAUUUUAAGCCACACAAUACAGCUAUUCUUGUUUUCCCAAUAUUCAUUCUGACCCUUUAAACAUGAAUAAGAUUAUUUAAAUAUACAAGAAGU